UUAGCUCCUUAAGGUUUAUUUUCAGUAAAAUCCCCCUAGUUGGUGCUGGAGAUUGCAGCUCAGGUCACCCUUUGACAGCACAGGGGGAAGCAAGCUCACGGACGACUGGGUUCAGAGUGCUUGGAGGGCAGCGGGAAGAAAGGUCAUCCUGGACGCUAGGUCCCACCCUACAGCUGUCCAUUGCUGGACACCUGGGGCCUUCCACCCGGUGACCUCCUUUCCCUCCCCAUCCCCCCUGCUCUGCUCACGUCUGUCUAACUGCUGACCGCAGAAGUAACAGCCAAGGUCUAUCUAUCAGUAGUAACAAGAACAGGACUAUUGUCUCUCAUUGAUUAAGUGCUGCCUAUAGGCCAGGCGCCAUUCUGAGGACUUCAUGUGUAUUAAUUCAUAUAUGCAUAUACCUAUGAUUUUCAUUUUAGAAAGAAUGCUGAGGUUCAGAGGGGUUAAGCUCAUUAUACUAACUGAAUAUACCUAAGGAGUAAUGUAACAGAUACACUUCAGAAAAAGUGAACUGGUGUUUGAACCAGCCUUAGGGUGUUUCAGAGGUUUCCUGUUUAGCAGGUACUUAGUGACUCUUUCAACUUUCCGCCUGGCUCUGGCAUUUAGAAGGAGCCUUGCUAUUGACACCUUUAUCCCCUUUUCAGCUUCUUUCUCCCUCCUAGUUCCAUCAUUAACCCUCUGAAUAUAUUUUUGUGCCAGAGAGAAGCACAUAAGGUAUUGGUGUUUGAAUAGGUAAUCCUCAGCCUGGCACUCUAUUCAUGAUGUGUCUUUUCCACAGUAACCCUGUGUCACCAUGGUGCGCCCCUGUGGCCUACUAACCCAACAAGAGGAGCCAGUGCCACUGAAGAGCAUCUCUGUGACCUUGUCCGUUUGCGAGUUUGUGGCUGGUGUGUCUGCCACCUUAAGCUACGAGAAUGAGGGGAAAGUUCCUCUGGAGGUCUUCUUUGUUUUCCCCAUGGAUGAAGACUCGGCUGUCUACAGCUUUGAGGCCAUGGUGGAUGGGAAGAGAAUUACCGCAGAGUUACAGGACAAGACGGAGGCCCACACCAAUUAUGAGGAUGCCAUUAGCCAGGGCCACCAAGCCUUCCUGUUAGAGGAGGACGAUAUCUCCAGGGACGUCUUCUCUUGCAAUGUGGGGAACCUCCCCCCCGGGUCAAAGGCGGCCCUCACCCUGAAGUACGUGCAGGAGCUGCCCCUGGAGGCAGAUGGGGCCCUGCGCUAUGUGCUCCCCGCUAUCCUGAACCCUCGGUACCAGCUGUCCGGAGGGCCCGAGGACAGCCUUAGAGUGAAGACUCCUGUAGUGCCUUUGAAGGACCUGCCCUACACACUCAGCAUGGUUGCCACCGCCAGUUCCCAGCAUGGCAUCGAGAGGAUCCAAUGCAACUGUCCCUCGAGUCCCGUUGAGUACCUUGGAGAUAAGACUUCUGCUCAGAUUUCCUUGGCUGAUGGACACAAAUUUGAUCGAGAUGUGGAACUCCUGAUUUACUACAGAGAGGUGCACUCCCCCAGUGUAGCUGUGGAGAUGGGGCAGCCUACAACAGAGCCCGGUUGUUUGAUGGGCGAUCCAUCUGCGAUGGUGAGUUUCUACCCGAAUAUCCCAGAAGCUCAGCCACUAAUCACGUGUGGAGAAUUCAUCUUCCUCAUGGACCGCUCGGGAAGUAUGCAGUGUCCCAUGAGCAAUCAGGAUAACUCUCAGCUGCGCAUAGAGGCAGCCAAGGAAACACUGAUUUGGCUGCUAAAGAGUUUGCCUAUAGGCUGUUAUUUCAACAUCUAUGGAUUUGGAUCUUCCCAUGAGGCCUUCUUUCAGAAGAGUGUGAAGUACACUCAGGAGACCAUGGAGGAGGCACUGAGGAAGGUUAAGCUAAUGGAGGCUGACCUAGGGGGCACGGAAAUCUUGACCCCACUCAAGAACAUUUACAGUGGAGCUUCCAUCCCAGGCCACCCUCUGCAGCUUUUUGUUUUCACAGAUGGAGAAGUUGACGACACAUUUAGUGUCAUCAGAGAAGUGAAAAGCAACCGUCUGAAGCACAGAUGUUUCUCGUUUGGUAUUGGAGAAGGAGCCUCCACCAGCCUGAUAAAAGGCAUUGCCCGGGUAGCAGGAGGCACGGCAGAAUUUAUCACAGGCAAGGACAGGAUGCAGUCAAAGGCUCUUAGGUCCCUGAAACGUUCUCUGCAGCCUGUAGUAGAGGAUGUUUCUCUGAGCUGGAAUUUGCCUCCUGGUCUGUCUGCUAAAAUGCUGUCCCCAGAACCAACCGUCAUCUUUCGGGGCCAGCGGUUAAUCAUCUACGCGCAGCUGGCUGGGAUGAUGCCGCCAGGAGAGGCAACAGGAGAAGUUUGCCUCAAGUACACCCUUCAGGGAAAGAGUUGUGAGAAUAAGGUGACAUUUUCUCUACAACCCAAGUCUGAUGCCAACCUCACCAUUCAUCGCCUUGCUGCCAAAUCCUUUAUCCAGACCAAGGACAUGGGCUACAGCGAGACUCCAGCAAAUGAUAAAAAAGAUGUGUUGAAAGUAAGCCUUGAGUGUGGAGUCAUAAGCUCCCACACAGCUUUCAUUGCCAUCAACAAGGAUCUCAACAAGCCGGUUCAGGGACCUCUGGUUCGUAGUGACGUUCCAAGGCCAAUGCUAUGUGGGAUGAGGAUGUCUUCUCCUCCUGCUGGGAUGUCAAUGUUUUUUCCCUAUUCUGCUGCGAUGCCAGCACCACCGAUUCUACGGUCCUGUGGAGGUGGACUGAAAAAAUUCCUACGUCUUCAUAAACCAAAGAAACUCUCGUCUCCCCAAGUACCCGCUUCUGCCAUGGCUGCUUCUUCCAUUGUGACCUUGGAAGCCGCCUACACAGAGACAGAGGAAGAGACACAGAGAGACACACCGUUCGGCUCUUCCCUACGUGCCGCCAACUGUGGAUUGAGCCCACAACCAGAUGAUCAUCUUGUACAGCUGAUUUCCCUCCAAAAGGCAGACGGUUCCUGGGAUCUGAAUGAAGGUCUGGCCAUGGUUCUAGGUGUGAGUUUGGAUGAUAUACUGGCUGCACUCCCUAUCAAGAGUGUGGAUUCCUCGGGCUGGGCCACAGUCCUGGCGGUGCUCUGGCUGCAUGACAGCUGUAAGGACAUGAAAUGUGAGUGGGAGCUUCUGGAAAGGAAAGCGGUGGCCUGGAUUCACACCCAUGCAGGCCCUGACGUGCAUGUGCUUGCAAAAGCUGCUAUAGAUUUCCUGAAGGCAUCUGUUGAUCCUGCUAUCUUUGCCCCCUGAGGAUACCUGCCGGAACCCCAAGUGCCUCUUUCAUGCUCUGGCCUCCUUUUCCCUUCCCUCUGAUGGAAUGUGUUUUUGUGCUCUGCACCUACCCUGUCAGUUUCUUGUCAUAAAAGUAGAGGAUGCCCACCCCACCCUGCCUCGGUGUUCCAGGUUCCCUGUGGGUAUGAGUUCCUUCCCCCAGCCUGUGCCCUCAGCCUGUGCCCUCAGCCCAGCGUCAUGGUCCCAGAACCUUUCCCUUCCUGGGAGGAGUUCAAAAGCAGUAAGUUCCCUCCCAGGUUUUUCAAAGUGAAAACAUGAAAAACAAGUGACCCGGACUCCAGACUAAAGGUUGCAGCACUGAUGUUAGGGGAUGCCUGAACUCUUUGCAUUAUUUUUGCAUUAUUUUUGUCUGUUCACUAUUGCUUUGCAUUAUUUUUGUGUGUUCACUAUUGCUUUUAUGUACUUAUGAGGACACACUGGUGAGCUAUACAGUUUUCAAUUCUUAGAUAGGAUGAAGAGUUGGAGGGGAGUUUGAAAGCCAACAUUGGGCUCAAUAUAACCUCAAGGUGACAAAGAGAAAUACUCAGGAGUCCACUGUGAGAAUGGGCACUGUUGGGGACCUUGGUUGAUUCUGCUUGGGUUUUGCUGGCCUGUAUUGCAUGCCUUCCCUCACACUGCCUAAGGGUUGAGUUGUGCCUGUUGGAAACAGAUGUUUCUCCUCAGUCAGGAUACAUCUUAGUAAGAGGGCAGUAAUGGAACCCUUACCUACCUAGCCUGAACCCUCAAGGCCUCUGAUCUAGUAGACU